UUUACAAACUAAUUUUAUACAACAGUGCAAAGUGCAUCAAAAUAAAGUAAUCAUUCAGUGUACAAAACAGUGCAAGACAGUACAAGAAUACAGUGACCCCAUUUACAGUGUACAAAAAUAGAGUGCAAACAUUUACAGUACACUUGUUCAUUAUAGAGUGUAAAGAAAUAGAGUGAUACGAACACGAUGACCAGCCUCUAAACAAUCGGCGGUAGAUCAAAAUGCUAGCAAUGUCGACACUUAUGAUGCCAGCAGCAACCAUGACGACGAUGACGAAUGCAGGACCGAUACCUGUGGCGGCGGCAACGAAGCUGGAGCCGAAGUUACUGCAACUGCCGCAUCCAGCUCUGAUGCCGCAAAUACAGCAUCACCAUCAGCAUCAGCAUGGGAACAAUAAUAAACUAGAACACUAUCACAUCUUCGUUGGUGACCUCAGUCCCGAGAUCGAGACGCAGAGUCUUCGGGACGCGUUCGCACCUUUUGGCGAGAUUUCGGACUGCCGAGUAGUGAGAGAUCCGCAAACGUUAAAAUCAAAGGGAUAUGGCUUCGUUUCGUUUUUGAAGAAAUCAGAGGCUGAAUCAGCUAUAACUGCUAUGAAUGGCCAAUGGCUUGGUUCCCGGUCGAUCCGGACCAACUGGGCUACCAGGAAACCUCCCGCACCUAAAAAUGAACUCAACUCCAAGCCCCUAACUUUCGACGAAGUAUACAACCAGAGUUCUCCAACCAACUGCACUGUGUACUGCGGCGGUCUCACCACCGGGCUCUCUGAGGAGCUGGUGCAAAAGACCUUCCAACCCUUCGGCACUAUCCAGGAGAUACGGGUCUUCAAGGAUAAGGGAUAUGCUUUUAUCAGGUUCUCUACAAAGGAAAGCGCCACCCACGCUAUAGUGGCCGUCCACAACACAGACAUAAAUGGACAACCAGUUAAAUGUUCCUGGGGGAAGGAAUCUGGAGACCCUAAUAAUGCGCAGGCACAGGGACAGCUCGGUGGUACAGCGUACUCCCCAUUCGGGGCCGCCUACACCGGCGGAGUUCCACCCGCCUCCUACUGGUACAACACUUACCCGCAACAACUGGGCGGGUUCCUGCAGGGCAUGCAGGGGGUUCAGGGGUACUCGUAUGGACAGUUUGCUGGUUAUCAGCAACAGUAUAUGGGUAUGGGCGGAGUCCAACUGCCGUGGGCUCUGGGCGGCGGUGUGGGCGGUGUUGGCGGUGUGGGCGGUGUGGGCGGCGUCGCUGCGAUGUCCCAACCGCCGCAGGUGCUGCACUACCCGGUGCAGCACUUUCAAGUGCAGCCAAUCGGUGAGGACGAAUGGCUGGCGCCGAGUUUGCUCGUGUGAGGGCAACGUGCGCCCGCGCCGCCCGACCCUUGCUGCUGUCAGAAAGAUUGGAUCUAACGUACUACUACCACCAGAUUAUCGUGUCAC